AAAGCAGCGCCUAAACAAAAGGAGAUUUUUAGUGCUUCACGGCCAUGGCAGGGCACUAAACGUUAUUAGAGGAAACCGAAGCUAAAGCCCUAUGAUUUCCACGCAGCUGGCUGCGAGAGCAGUGGUCGCUGCCUUCCUGGUGCAGCAUGGCAUUUGGACUCGCUAUUCUCUGCCUGUUACUAUGGGCGAUACCAGGUUUCCGUUGUGAGCAGUGCAGAGAAGGAGCCAUGUACUCAGGUGCAGUGAUAUCUCCCAACUUGGAAACCACUAAAAUCAUGCGAGUUCCCCACGCUGUGUCCAUGUCCGACUGCCUGGCAGCCUGUUGUGACCUCUCUGGUUGUGACUUGUCCUGGAUGUUUGAACGGCGCUGUUACAUCGUCAACUGUCAGUACAAAGAGAACUGUGAACCAAAGAAAAUUGAAACGGUUAAGUCCUAUAUUACUUUUGUGCUGAGGCCCUCUCAGAGGCCAGCCUCACUGCUGGGCUAUGGGCAGGUGAUCCCAAGCAUGGGCCACGCUGUGGGACUCCAGAACGAGCCCUCUGAGGAAGUGAGUAGCCUGAAGGAGCUGUCGCUGCUUGGCAAAGAUCCCAGCCUUGAGGAGAUACCAGAGUACAUAGAUGAUUACAAGGAGCUGGAGCAGGACCCCUUUCAGAUUGGCAUCAAACAUGAGCAGAAGGAGAGCGCAGAUUAUGCUGACUGGAGCUUGAUGGUGACAGAUGAAAAUGGCUUCAACUCCUCAGUGGGUGACGAUGGAGAUAAUCAAGAGGACUUGGCUGAAAAGGACAGGGAAGCUGUGAUGACAGACAGUGUCCUGAAUAAAAACAGUUCUGAACUGAGCCCUGUCAUGGAGCACUCCCUGGAGAGGUUGCUGCCUGUCCCAGAGAGCACGCCGCUCCCGGUGAAGACACUGGAAAGCGAAACAGCUGCUCAGCUGCUCGCCCAACCUGAGGAUGCUCUGCAGAAAGAGUUUCCUGAGCCUUCCCCUCCUUCAGACAUCUUGGGAUUCUCCUCAGCUGCAGGGGAGAAAAUUCAGGCUUCUACAGCAAUCCCAGGGAAUCUCCCCGAAGAUGGGACUGCACUGCUCCCCACUAGUAUUUUGCUCUCCGAGCCCAUACAGCAAUUCACACCUUCUGCUACUGUAGAUGCAGUAAAAGAGCUGAUCGUGUCUGCUGGAGAUAAUGUGCAAGUGAUGCUCCCCAAAAAUGAGGUUGAACUGAACGCCUUUGUUGUCCCACCACCACCUACAGAAACAGCCUACAGCUAUGAGUGGAGCUUAACCAGCCACCCUGCUGACUACGGCGGUGAAAUGGAGCGCAGGCACAGCCAGACCCUGAAGCUCUCUCACUUAUCGGUGGGACUUUAUGCCUUCAAAGUGACGGUUUCUGGUGAAAAUGCCUUCGGAGAAGGUUUUGUAAAUGUCACAGUCAAACCAGCGCUCAGAGUUAAUCAGCCGCCCGUUGCCAUUGCUUCACCCGAAGUACAAGAAGUUUCUUUGCCUACAACUUCUACUUUCAUUGAUGGCAGUCAAAGUGUUGAUGAUAUGAAGAUAGUGAGCUACCACUGGGAGGAGAUUAAAGGUCCUUUGCGAGAACAGAAGGCAUCUGCUGACACUCCUGUCUUGCACUUGUCAAACCUGGUUCCUGGAAACUACACUUUCAGACUCACGGUGAUCGAUUCUGAUGGAGCAGCCAACUCCACCGUUGCCUCUCUGACUGUCAGCAAACCCGUGGAUUACCCACCCAUUGCCAAUGCAGGGCCCAAUCAGGCAGUCACCUUGCCCCAGAACUUCAUCACGCUGAACGGAAACCAGAGCAGUGAUGAUCAUGAAAUUGUCAGCUAUGAAUGGUCACUCAGUCCCAAAAGCAAAGGCAAAGUUGUAGCAAUGCAGGGCGUGCGCACUCCCUACCUGCAGCUCUCGGCCAUGCGCGAGGGCGACUACACCUUCCAGCUGACGGUCACGGACUCGGCGAGGCAGCGCGCCACGGCCGAGGUCACGCUCAUCGUGCGGCCCGAAAAUAACAGUCCUCCAAUAGCAGUGGCUGGUCCUGAUAAGGAGUUGACUUUUCCAGUAGAAAGUACUACCCUGGAUGGAAGCAAAAGCCAAGAUGACCAAGGCAUUGUCUUCUAUCAUUGGGAAAAUAUCAGUGGGCCAAGCUCGGUACAGAUGGAAAAUGGUGACAAAGCAGUAGCAACUGUGACUGGUCUUCAGGUCGGUACCUAUCGCUUCAGGCUGACGGUAAAAGAUCAGCAGGGAUUAAGCAGUGCAUCCGUGCUCUCUGUUACUGUCAAGGAAGAAACCAACAGUCCACCCCGGGCGCAUGCUGGUGGGAAGCAUGUUCUGGUGCUCCCCAAUAACUCUGUUACCUUGGAUGGCUCAAGGUCUGCUGAUGACCAGGGGAUUGUGUCAUAUUUGUGGAUUCGGGAUGGUCAGAGCCCGGCAGCUGGGGAGGUGAUACACGGCUCUGACCAUGAGGCAGUCCUGCAGCUCACCAAUCUGGUGGAAGGAAUCUAUACGUUUCACUUGAAAGUGACGGAUGCCAAAGGAGACUCAGAUAUUGACACCGCUACUGUUGAAGUGCGGCCUGAUCCCAAAAGAAGUGGCCUGGUGGAGCUGAUCCUGCAGGUCGGAGUGGGGCAGCUGAGUGAGCAGCAGAAGGACACCCUGGUGAGGCAGCUGGCUGUGCUGCUCAAUGUUUUGGAUUCAGACAUCAAAGUUCAGAAGAUCCAAGCCUACUCGGAUAUAAGCACAGCAGUGGUUUUCUACGUGCAGAACGGGCAUCCUUCCAAGGUGAUCAAGGCUUCCGACGUCUCCCGGACUCUGCACAUGCAGCUUUUGAAAGAGAAGGCUGAUUUUCUGCUUUUCAAAGUCCUGCGUGUUGACACGGCCGCCUGUCUUUUAAAAUGCUCUGGGCAUGGGCACUGUGACCCCAUAACGAAGCGUUGCAUUUGUUACCAGCUGUGGAUGGAAAACGUGAUUCACAGUUACCUAAAUGACGGAGAGAGCAAUUGUGAAUGGAGCAUACUAUACGUGACUGUGUCUGCUUUUAUUUUGCUUGUGGUCACAAUAGGGCUUGCCUGGUUCUGCAUCUGCUGCUGCAAAAGCAGGAAGAGGACAAAGAUAAGAAAGAAAACCAAAUACACCAUUCUAGAUAACAUAGAUGAGCAGGAGAGAAUGGAGCUACGACCCAAGUAUGGUAUAAAACACAGAAGUACAGAACACAAUUCCAGUCUGAUGGUCUCUGAAUCAGAGUUUGACAGUGAUCAGGACACUAUCUUCAGCAGAGAAAAGAUUGAAAGAGAGAAUCCUAAAGCCCUCAUGAAUGGAUCCAUCAGAAACGGAGUUUCCUUCAACUACAGCUCCAAAGACAGAUAACUGAAUGAGAGUAAAAGCACAGGACACACUGGUCCAACACAUUCCAAAAAGUUGGUCCACCUCUUUGUUUUUCCACAAUCA